GGCGGGGACGCGGCUCGCGGCGGCACCAUGAACUCGCUGUAACGCACAGGCUGCGCGGCGCGGGGGGAGGGGGGAGGAGGAGGCCGCCGCGGCGAAGUUCUCCGCCAUGAACCUGAGGGGCCUCUUCCAGGACUUCAACCCGAGUAAAUUCCUCAUCUAUGCCUGUCUCCUGCUGUUCUCUGUGCUGCUGGCCCUUCGUCUGGAUGGCAUCAUUCAGUGGAGUUACUGGGCUGUUUUUGCUCCAAUAUGGCUGUGGAAGUUGAUGGUCAUUGUUGGAGCCUCAGUUGGAACUGGAGUCUGGGCACGAAAUCCCCAAUAUCGAGCAGAAGGAGAAACAUGUGUGGAGUUUAAAGCCAUGCUAAUUGCAGUGGGCAUCCACUUGCUCCUGUUGAUGUUCGAAGUUCUGGUCUGUGACAGGAUUGAAAGAGGGAGCCAUUUUUGGCUUCUGGUCUUCAUGCCUCUGUUCUUUGUUUCCCCGGUGUCUGUGGCAGCUUGUGUUUGGGGCUUUCGACACGACCGGUCCCUGGAGCUAGAAAUACUGUGUUCUGUCAACAUCCUGCAGUUUAUAUUCAUUGCCUUAAGACUGGACAAGAUCAUCCACUGGCCCUGGCUUGUCGUGUGUGUUCCCCUGUGGAUUCUUAUGUCCUUUCUGUGCCUGGUGGUCCUCUAUUACAUCGUGUGGUCUGUUUUGUUCCUGCGUUCCAUGGAUGUGAUUGCAGAACAGCGAAGGACACACAUAACAAUGGCACUGAGCUGGAUGACCAUUGUCGUGCCUCUCCUUACUUUUGAGAUCCUGUUGGUUCACAAACUGGAUGGCCACAACGCAUUCUCUUGUAUCCCAAUAUUUGUCCCCCUUUGGCUCUCCUUGAUCACUCUGAUGGCAACCACAUUUGGACAGAAGGGAGGAAACCACUGGUGGUUUGGUAUUCGCAAGGAUUUCUGUCAGUUUCUGCUUGAAAUCUUCCCAUUUUUGAGAGAAUAUGGAAACAUUUCCUACGACCUCCAUCAUGAAGAUACUGAGGAAACCGAAGAAACCCCAGUUCCAGAACCUCCUAAAAUUGCUCCAAUGUUUCGGAAGAAGACCAGGGUCGUUAUCACCCAGAGCCCUGGGAAGUAUGUCCUCCCACCUCCCAAACUGAAUAUUGAAAUGCCAGAUUAGACACCACUUCCUUGGACAGAAUGCAAGCGGACCACCGGGACGCACGCACGCUGUCUCCUACCCUCCUCUGCCUCUUUGUUGACCCCACCCAGAACUGGAGCCGAGGCCAGGGCUCCGGGAACUUCCAUCUCAUGCCUUGUUUGCACUCAAUGCCUACCAGUGACUCACCCUGACGGGACACACACAUGGCAGGUGACUGGCACCCGCAGUGCGGGCUGGGCUAGGGCGCGUGUCAGUGGACGUGGGCGUGAAGGAGGGAGCGUGUGUGAGAAGGGGAAAGCCAUCACCUCUGGGCAGGCGCCUCAGGAGCUGACUUGGAUCUGUUAGGGAUGGCUGCUUAGGCCAGAAAAGGAGCUGGUUUUCAAAGUGCUAAAAUUCCUAUUGAAAGUGUUCUUUGAAAAUGGUUUUUUAGACCAGGCCGGCCACACCAUGUAGCUUAGAUUCUCCUGUCGCAGCGUAGUCAGUAGGAACUGUAAAUACGCCUCUGUGGCACCACGAGUGUACCUACACUGUCAUUACUGUUUGUGUUCCUGCUGUGGAAGUCGUUUCUCUUUGGGCAAUGCUGACAGCAGUUUUUAAUGGCCCCAUCGGUGAGCCCUUUCCAAUGGAGUGACUCCGUGCCUGUAUAGUAUUUAUACAAAUAUUUUAGCAUUGUAAUAUACCGUGUUAAAUCCUAGUUCUGUACAGUAUAUUCUGUUAAAGUAUUUUUUUACGAGCUUGUAUGGGAGACGUGUGUUCUGUUGCAGAAGCAGAAGCUGCUGGCGCACCUGUCCUGCCCAGGGGGUGUCACCCCUUAACGGGCCAUCGUCAUCACCCCCCUUGAAAUCCUCCACACACACAGUGGCUGCUACUGCCAGAACAGCCACAAUAAGCAAGAAAUGGUUUGUGCUUUUCCUACAUUCUGGGAAUAUGUGCGUGAGCUGAAACUAGAGAAACUGGAAGGAGUUGCUGAAACUGGAAACAGCCACUGGAAUCACGUGUUUGUUAGGGUCUGAGGCCCUUUGUCGGGCCCCCAACAAAAGUCCUUCUGGCCGGCCAGCCCCGUGCUUUCAACUAGGAGUACACUUGCUCCAAGAGCUGCUGGUAGAGCCCUGGGCGAAGCAGAAGAAAGCAGAUCCUCCAGGAUAAGAGCCUUUGGCCUGAGAACAAGUAGCCGUUUGUGAAAAGAGGGAAAAGGCGCACUGGCAUUGUCACGCAGGAGAGGGAAGGGUUUAACGGGGGCAGCUGCUGACGUCUCUCCGUCAGGCUCAGCCGACGUCCAGCACACGAGACCGCCUGGAAGCGGCGCCCAGCAAGCCUGUUGUCUCUGGGGGGGAGGGGGAACGUUGGGAAUGGCAUAGCCUUUCUUGCUUGCUGUGUAACAAAUGUAGCUCAAUCCACUAUUUUUGCUCCCUGCAGUUGUUCAAUAAACUGGU